CGUUUCCCUCGCGCAGAUGGAAACAAAGAUAUCGGGUCUAGCUCUCCAAGAUCCGAAUCCGAUAAGCCUCGGAUGAUCGCCGUUCCUCGGCUCGUCGGCGAUCGACAAUGACGCUGCCGGACUCCGACGCCCUCUUCAGCGGUGGGGGCAUCAGCUUCCUUACUGGGAAUAAAAAGGGAUGGUUCAGCUAUGGAUACUCGUCUUUCAAGGGAAAAAGGGCAUCAAUGGAGGAUUUCUUUGUAACAAGGAUAUCAGAAGUUGAUGGUCAGAUGGCUGCAUUUUUUGGAGUUUUUGAUGGUCAUGGAGGUCCCCGAGUUGCAGAGUAUCUUAAGAACAACCUUUUCAAGAAUGUGAGCAAUCAUCCAGAGUUUGUUAAUGACACAAAGUCAGCCAUUGCUGAAGCAUUUGAGCAGACAGAUGUUGAUUAUCUUAAUCAAGAUAAAGGGAUGCUUAAAGAUGCUGGUUCUACUGCAUCAACUGCUGUUUUGCUAGGCAAUCAUAUUUUUGUGGCAAAUGUUGGAGAUUCCAGAGUUGUUGCUUGUAGAUCUGGCUCAGCAAUCCCAUUGUCUGUUGAUCACAAGCCGGAUAGAUCAGAUGAGCGUGAGAGAAUUGAAAAUGCAGGGGGAUUCAUCAUUUGGGCUGGAACUUGGCGUGUUGGGGGUGUUCUCGCUGUUUCUCGUGCAUUUGGAGAUAGAUUACUUAAGCCAUAUGUUGUUGCUGAGCCAGAAAUUCAGGAAGAAGAGAUUGAAGGUAUUGAAUUCUUGAUAAUUGCAAGUGAUGGACUGUGGAAUGUUGUAUCCAAUAAGGAUGCUGUAGAGAUAGUUCAGUCUAUAUCAGACGCCGAAACAGCUUCUAGGAAACUUAUACACGAGGCAUACACCAGAGGGAGUGGCGAUAACAUCACUUGUAUCGUUGUUCUAUUCAACAAUCCAUGAGCACAUGAUUUUGUCUCGAUUUCUCGACCUUAUCCUCUCAAGAAGCAAUACUUCACUUAACCCGAAAACCCAAGAUUACAGAGCAUCCUUUUGUGCUAACAAUCACUGUUCCAUGUAAAUUUAGUCAUGUUUUGUUUGAUAUUUCUUUACAAUAUUUUUGUUAAAUAUUUCUAUACAAUCUGUGUGUCAAGACCAGAAUGAUACCGCUCGAUUUUACUUAGAUCAAUUUGCACGACAGCUUCGAGUAA